AUGCUUUCUGAUAAACAAUUUGGAUAUUCCAACAAGGGUCGCAUCGCACAGGAUGCAGCUGCUGAGAGUCAAUUAUUAGUGGCCCUAUCUGUGUUAGAAGGUGUACAUCACUUAUUUGACGAACCUAAUUUAAGCGCAAAGUUUAAAAAACUUCAAAACGAGUAUAGAGAAAACGACCGGAACUAUCGAAAUGAUCUAACUUCUCCAAACCUAUGUGAAAGUGGAUGGCACAACGAACAAAAUAAUGGGGCGGAAAAAGAAAGUAUUGUUAUGAGUAAAAGAUGUGAAAAUUUUGAGAUGGAAGACACUUAUUAUGAUGAGAACUAUUCUGAUUCUGACAGUGAAUCUGCAACCGAAAUAGAAAACUUUCCUAUUCUUAAUUUCGACAUUGACGCAUAUCAAGAUGUUAGGAAUAAAAUUUUGCAGCAGAAUAAAUGUUUUGAAGCUAAUGGUGGCCAUUUACAUCAAAGAUUAGGUCCUGGAGUUUCAAAUUUUGGUUGCAAUAGUAAGCAUGAUGAUUUAUCUACAAUUCUAGAAAAAUUUGGAAAUUGGAUUAAAUUAAUAGCAAAAUCGGAUAAUAAAUUACAAAAACAGCAACUUAUCUGGUCAUUAUUGCCAGCAAUUAAGACAUUAAAAUCGGGUUUGCCAAAAGAUUUAAUUUAUAGUCCUUUUGAUAACCAAGUUCUACCAACUUUAUUAAUGACUCAAAUAGCAUUUAAAUUAGCAAAAAUAGAUUUAAGUGAUAAAGCAAAAGCAGAAUUUUUAGAAGAAAAGGAAUGCGCACAAUUCGGAAAUCUUCUUGGAGAAUCCUUGUGGCAAUCUCUCCUUGACGAAUUUAUUGAUACUGUAAUAAAUAUUGAUGACUGUCCUGCACCAGAUCGAUGUGAGCGAUUGUGGACUUUAAGUAAUCAAAUAUAUGCUGCAUUUCAAAAUCCAGACCCCAAUAGUAAUUCGCUUUUUGAAUAUACAACGCAAAAUACUUUAAAAGGAUACUCCAAUAUGGAAACUUGUUAUCAACACAGAAUAAAACGUAUGCAAGAUCUACUUGCACAAGAAGUCUAUUUAACUAAAAAGAAAAAUACAAAAGGAAGAGCAAGUAAAAAUUUAGUUAAAGAUACUGUAGCAAAUUUUAAACAACGACAAAAAAUUCAAAAGAGAAAACAAGAAAGUAAUGAUCAAUCCAAAAAUGAUGAAUUUACAAGUGAAUAA